AUGCUCAAAGCAGGCACUCUGCAGCAGCUGGUGGACCACCUGGUGCCUGCCCUGCUCUUCGGGGACCCAAUGGACAUCCCUAUCUUUCUAUGCACUUAUCGACGUUUUGCCACCACACAGCAGGUGCUGGACCUGCUGUUAACUAGAUAUGCCUCCUUCCUCCUCUACUCCACUGAGGAUGGUGGACCACAGGAGCAACUCAAGAAAGCCAUGUCAUUCAUCGUGGGCACUUGGCUAAAACAAUACUCAGAAGACUUCACUGAACCUCUGAACUUCAUUUGCCUCAAGAAGCUGAUGAAUUACCUGCAAGUCACUCCUGGCUCAGAUGAAGAGAGCCAUGCCAAACUUCUCCUUGCCCAGAUGGAGCACCUGGCACCCAGCAAGGAGAAGUCUAAGGCUCUCUCUCCAUCUCCAGUGCUUUGUCUGAGAACAACUCCACAGGUGGAACAUAUUGAAGCACCGUUUAUGGUACACAACCCAGUUGCAACACCACCAUCAGAUCCAGAGCUGGUGUCAUCAGAAGACUCAGAGUCAGAGUCAAUUCUAGCACUUGCCCUGGAGCAAGCACCAAUCCAUUUGCUACCUUCACAGCAUGGAUCAUGUCCAGCACCUGCUCCAGAACUGGAUCCAGCUUGCUCAUAUGCCAUAGAGUUUGAGCCAGCUCUGUCACCAUUUUCAUCAAGGGAUUCUUCCUGGGAAUCCCUUGUGUCUAUAGAUAGCACAUUGAGCGAGGAAGAGCCUUCCAUCUUGUUCUUCCCUCCGCAACUGGUGGCAGAACAGUUAACACUGAUGGAUGCUGAGCUGUUGAAGAAGGUGGUGCCCUACCACUGCCUGGACUACAUCUGCACCCACUGGAAAAAGGAUGACAAGGGGCAUGUGGCACCCACCAUCCAGGCCACUGUCACUCACUUCCACAAAGUCACCACUUGUGUCAUCACCACCUGCCUGGGGGACCAGAGCAUGGAGGCUGCAGACAGGGCCAAAGUAGUGGAGCACUGGAUUGCGGUGGCCUGGGAAUGUCGAGCUCUCAACAACUUCUCCUCCCUCUGUGCCAUUCUGGCUGCUCUGCACAGCAAGGCCAUCCACCGCCUGAAGAAGACCUGGAAAGACGUCUCCAGCAACAGCCUUCAGAUAUUCCAAAGUCUGUCCAGUGUUUUGACUCCUGAGACAAUCUACUGCCUGAGCAGAGAGGGGCUCGUUGAGUGUGUCAUCGAAGGUGCCGUUCCAUACCUGGGCAUGUUCCUAACUAUGAUGGCAAGGCUGGAAAAUAAAAUGAAAGAUCACAUACAUGGGAGGCUGAUUAACUUGCAAAAGCAGAGAAAGGAAUUCAAAAUCAUCUCAGAGAUCAGUGUUCUGCAGUCAGCCUGCAAUCAUGACUGUAUCAUGCCAGAUGAGCAUUUCCUGGCCUUGUUUCAGGCCAUGGAGCCCCUCAGCGUGAAUGAGAGCUACCACCUAUCCUGCGCAUUGGAGCCCCCGGCAAAGACAGCCAGCCACACUCUAAAGACCAAGAGGAGGAGAGCCGUGGGGAAAUGCCUGAACAAUUCUGGCAGUCAGCCUCCCCCUCAUCCCGACAGGAGCACCCACAUCAUGUCGGCCUCCAGCAGCCUCUCCCCAAUGUCAGGCUCCACCACCCCUGUGAUCCAGGUGAGCAGCCUGGAUAUUACCCCAGCUGCUAUUUCCAGUUCCUUGGAGAGACCCACACGGGAUCAGCAUGAGUCUGAGGACGGCAAAUGGCUGGAGGUCAUCACAGCUGAUUCCGGGAAUCCAUCAAAUGGCAUGGCUGAUCAUCAUAGUCCUCUCCUUGUGCCCACGGGCCCUGUCUUGUCACGUUUGCGCCUUCCCGGGCCUUUCUUCCUCUUCUCCAGCUUUUCUCAUGCUCACCUGAUUCCACUGUGA